AUGUACAGCUCCAUCGUCAGCCUGGCCCUGGCCGAUCUGCUCUACCUCUCCACCAUCCCCUUCAUCGUCUGCACCUACCUGGCCCAGGACUGGUACUUCGGCGACCUGGGCUGCCGCAUCCUGCUCAGCCUGGACCUGCUCACCAUGCACGCCAGCAUCUUCACCCUCACCCUGAUGUGCACCGAGCGUUACCUGGCCGUCACCCGGCCCCUCGACACCCUGAAGAGGUCCAGAGGCUAUCGGAAGGACGCCGUCUGGUCGGUGUCGCUGCUCCUCACUCUGCCCAUGAUGCUGAUGGUCACCCUGACCGAGGGGGGCAAGGCAGAGGGCAAGGUGAAGAGGAUGUGUGCGCCCACCUGGAGCGUGGAUGCCUACCGGACCUACCUGACGGUGCUCUUCAGCACCAGCAUCAUGGCCCCGGGAAUCAUCAUCGGCUUCCUCUACACGCGCCUGGCCAGGACCUACCUGGAGUCCCAGAGGAACCCUCCCCACAAGGAGAAGAGCAAGAGAUCCCCCCGGCAGAAGGUCCUCAUCAUGAUUUUCAGCAUCGUGCUGGUCUUCUGGGCCUGCUUCCUGCCGUUUUGGAUCUGGCAGUUGGUGCGGCUCUACAGCAGCUCCCUGCAGCUCACCACCCAAACCCAAAAGUGCAUUAACUACCUGGUGACCUGCCUGACCUACAGCAACAGCUGCAUCAACCCCUUUCUCUACACCCUGCUCACCAAAAACUACAGGGAGUACCUGCGCAACAGGCACCGUAACUUCUACAGGUUCACGUCCUCCUUUCGCAAGAGAGGCUCCAACCUGCAGUGCUCCUGGGGACGCUCCAUGUCCUCCAGCAACCAGUACGACUACAGCUCGGAGGCACUGGGCAUGGCCACGCUGAAGGACAAGUGAGGAAGAGGAGGAGCUCCAGAGACACCGGGACCAGCAGAGCGUCUGGCCAAGGGCUUCUCUCAUUCCAUUUGACCUCGUGUUCCAUCCUCAGAGGAAUUACAUCAAGACUGGAUCCCCAAUGCCAUGGUCUGGGUUGCAGGUGAAGGAGAUGGUGAUGGCAUAGCGAGUGCCCCAGUGAACCUUUUCCACCCGAUGAAGGUUCUCUGAUCCAGAGGUGAAAAAGGAAACACGGCCUGGAAUGACAAAGUUUUUCAUCAGUGACAUGGACUCUGCCACUCAGCUAUCAGCUCUCUCUACAGUUUUGCUGUUGUCUCAGUCCAGCUGUUCCCCAGCAACCUGAGAGCCCAGAGGUCAUCACACAGACAA